UUCCAUGUGCCCGUCCUAUCCAGCUGCUCCCAGCGACAUGCAUGAGGGGGUAUGAUAUGGUAUGGUAUGGUAUGGUCUAGUUGGGUAGGGUACGGUUCAGGAAUGAUCACUGCCCCUUCAAAUGCACAGCCUUGGCUGCUAUUUGGGUGCGCUGCGUGCUGUGCGCUGUGUCGUCGUGAAUACACACAGACAUGGUGUGCUGUGGAAUGAUGGUGCGGUGAUGCGACAGGAUGUGCUCGUUCGUUGCCUUUGCGGGGCACGUUCGCCCAUGAUGACACGCAGCAUCUUGUGGCUGGCUCGUUCUUCAAUUUCCUUGCCUGGAGACACGGCUGGAGACGAACGAACACCCAUCGCAACCAGCACACCACGAGUUCACAGGACCAUCACAUCGCCUUCGCUCUCCACGCCAGGUAAAUCCCCCAUAGGGCACCAAAAGAGUUACGGCGAACGCCUCACACAAGAGAAGAGAAUUUUUCGGACUUGAUGGUGUUAUGACUUAGCUGGAAGGCCUGUAUGACUGGCUACAGCUGCUAAUGCUACUGCGAGUGUCUGCUGGGUUGCGCUUUGCU